GUGAGGUGUAUAUAUAUAUGUGCUUUGAUCAUUGUCACGGCGCGUAAAAACCAAGCACAAUAGUAUUUAACUACGUACUUUUAUUCUUCCAACACUUGCACAUAUAACCACUUUUUCUUAUUCUCAUCACUAUAGUCCAAAAAAGUCAACUUUACUCUCAAAACGAUUACACAAAAAAACUCUCUUUUUUUGUAGUUCAUUUUCUUUCUCAAAUUUCUAAGCAUGGGAGAUCUUUCAAGUGGGAGAGGAGUGAAAGCUCCAAAACUACCAAUACCAGGAAAGAGGAACGUACUAAUCACAAGCGCUUUGCCUUAUGUCAACAACGUUCCUCACCUGGGCAACAUCAUUGGCUGUGUUUUGAGUGCUGAUGUUUUUGCUCGAUAUUGUCGUCUUCGUGGGUACAACGUUGUUUACAUUUGUGGCACUGAUGAGUAUGGUACGGCCACGGAGACGAAAGCCAUCGAGGAGAAUUGUACUCCGAACCAGAUUUGUGACAAAUAUCAUGCAAUUCAUAAGGAGGUCUAUGAUUGGUUUAACAUAAGUUUUGAUGAAUUCGGACGAACAUCGACUCCUCAACAAACCGAAAUAUGCCAAGCGAUUUUCACUAAACUGAUUGAGAACAAUUGGCUUUCUGAUAACACAAUGCAGCAGCUUUAUUGCGAAAAAUGCAACCGAUUCUUGGCUGAUCGGCUUGUUGAAGGAACCUGUCCAAUGCUGGAUUGUAACUAUGAUUCUGCUCGUGGCGAUCAAUGUGAGAAGUGUGGGAAGCUACUGAAUCCAACUGAACUCAAGGAUCCCAAGUGUAAAGUAUGCCACACAACUCCACAUAUUCGCGACACAGAUCACUUAUUUUUAGAACUCCCAUUGUUGAAGGAAAAGUUGGAAGAAUACAUCAAUAGCAUGUCAGUUUCAGGGUCUUGGAGCCAGAACGCCAUUCAAGCUACACAUGCAUGGUUGAAAGAAGGGCUUAAACCUCGGUGUAUAACCAGGGAUCUUAAGUGGGGCGUUCCAGUACCACUCGAAAAGUACAAGGAUAAGGUCUUCUAUGUGUGGUUUGAUGCGCCUAUUGGUUAUGUCUCGAUCACUUCAUAUUACACAUCUGAUUGGGAGCAGUGGUGGAAGAACCCUGAAAAUGUGGAGUUGUAUCAGUUCAUGGGCAAAGACAAUGUGCCCUUCCACACAGUUAUGUUUCCAUCUACACUUAUUGGAACUGGUGAAAACUGGACAUUGAUGAAGAGCAUUAGUGUCACUGAAUAUCUAAACUAUGAAGCAGGUAAGUUCUCCAAGAGUAAAGGCAUCGGAGUUUUUGGUAACGACGCAAAAGAUACAAAUAUCCCCUCAGAAGUGUGGCGAUAUUACUUGCUAACUAACAGACCAGAAGUCUCAGAUACAUUGUUUACAUGGGUAGAUUUGCAAGCGAAGCUAAAUACCGAGUUGCUUAAUAAUCUGGGAAAUUUCAUCAACCGAGUUUUGAGCUUCAUUGCCAAACCUCAAGGAUACGGAUCCAUCAUUUCUGAUUCACCGGGGGCCGAAUCACAUUCCUUAACACAAACAUUAGCAGAAAAGAUUAGCAAGUUUUUGGACCAAUACAUUGAAGCAAUGGAAAAGGUCAAACUAAAGCAAGCCCUGAAAAUUGGAAUGAGCAUCUCUAGUGAAGGCAAUGCAUACCUACAAGAGAGCCAAUUCUGGAAACUUUACAAGCAAGACCAAGAUUCCUGCAACAUUGUUAUGAGAACUUCAGUUGGGUUGGUCUAUCUUCUAUCAUGCUUGUUAGAACCGUUCAUGCCUUCUUUUUCACUCAAGGUACUGAAGCAGCUUGGAAUCUCCCCUGAAAAUCAACUUUCACUUAGCAAUGAAGAUGUUGAAAGGGCUAGAAAACCUUGGGAGCUUAUACCUGCUGGCCAUGAAAUUGGGACACCAGAACCUUUAUUUAAGGAAUUGAAAGAUGAAGAUGUGGAGUUGUUUAGGAAGAAAUUUGCUGGAAACCAAGCUGAAAGGAUUGAAGCUGAUGAAGCUAAUAAAAUGGCUAAGAAAUUGGCCAAAACAAUUAUUGUGUAAUAAAAAUUGAGUUUAAAUGCAUAUAUGUAUAUAUAAUAAUAAUCCACUUUAUUACAAAGAAUUGGUACAUUCUUCUAUUGUUA